CUAGACUUGUCAGUGACAAUUGGUGCCAAUUGAUAAAUCGUGUUGUUGUUUUUGUAUUUAGGCUUGAUCUGUCCUGCAAAAGCGAAAUAUUAAAAUGACUACGCGACAACUUUGGGGUGAAAUGGAAGAUGAAGGAACCGACGAGACGUUGCUGCAAAACGUAAAUUUCAACCCAAUCAUCGAACUAGGCAUGCAAAACAUACCCGAGAUCCCCAUCACAGUAAAGUCUUCGCCGAUAGAUCUACCAACUCCAAACCUAAUCACACAUACAAUACAACUUCAUGCGUAUUUGAGACAAUUAUCUGCCAUUCUUGAACAAGGAGAAAACGCUGUAUUUGAAAACUCUCGGUUGGAGUCAAUGAAUUUACCGCCGUUACCGCCACAACCCGAUUUAAAAAUCGAACAUAAAACCAUACCGCCAAUCAACUUUCUUGAAAAAGAGUACUGCGACUUUUCUUUAGGCAAAGGCUCAGUAAUUUUGCCUUUUACUCCAGAAAGCCAUAGAAGGGCAUUACGGCAGUGCGCUGCUAUAGCAAUGGGUCAUGUUGGGAUAUCCAGCUGCUCUAAUACAGCUUUAAAUGCUGUUGCCGAUUCCCUCGACCAUUAUAUGACAAAUAUGUGUAAAUUGAUGAGAACAGUGGUAGAUAAAGAAGCCAGUGGUCUAAAAUCAGGAUUCCCUGAUGUCAUAUCAAAAAUAUUUGCAGAAUUAAAUGUGGGUAAUUUGCACGAAUUUUAUGAAACAAGAGUUGUUAGAUACCAUGCAAAGAUUAAAAAGAAAUGUGAGAAUGUAAAAUCUCAGUGUGAGGCUCUGGCUAUGAGGGACAUAGCUCCACAGUUAAAACUUGAAGAAGUACCAGAGUUACACUUCCCAGCAGCACUUGAUGGUGCAUUUACACCUUCAUUAGAGCCCGGAUUCCAGAUGUUGCACAGUUUGGAGCAAGAACAGCUACAAGGUUUGGAAUUAUUAGAUGCAGUAUCUACUGAAGACAUAAAACUAGAACCAAUGGAAUUCUCCCAGCCAGAGACAACCAAAAUACCUUCACUAUCACCGAGUGCUAAGAAAAAAAGAAAACAAUAAUUUUGUGUAGCUCCCUUUUUGGAAAUUAUUAAUUUAUAAAAUAAAUAUUUUUUCUUAUAAAGCUACAA